AUGGUAAAUAUCUUGAAAAUAUUGGACCAGGUCGAUAAAGAUGAUUUUAUUAAUCAUGAAUUUACCGAAAUAGAUGAAAUUGAAGAUUACCUUAAUAUUGCUGGAGAUUCUUUUUCACAAAAAUAUGACAAUGAAGAUACUCAUAAUGACCAAUCUCAUUUCAAUGAAAUUGAUGAAGAUACUAUGUCAUGGAUUGAAAUGAUGGAAACCAGAGGAGCAUUUCUUAAUGAUUCGAUUAUUCUUACAAAGGCUGAAGACUUUGCGAAGAAACGUCAAAUAACUGAGUUUAAAGCCAGUCGUGGAUGGCUUGAAAAAUUUAAAAGAAGACAUGGGUUAAAAUUGAAGAAACUUUAUGGAGAAUCUUAUACAGAGAAUUUCUCAAAUUCUGAAGUUAAUGAUUUUCUCAUUAAUAUAAGAGUAAAAAUAAAAUUAUAUGGUCGCGAAAAUGUCUAUAAUGCAGAUGAGACAGGAUUAUUUUAUAAAGCUCUUCCAUGUAAAAGCAUUUGCAAGAUCAAGAGAUAUGGGCAUAAAUUAUUGAAGGAUUGA